GUGUGGUUACUAUCUUUAAUUCAGUACUUAAUAUUUAGUGAAACUAUAAUAAUAAGAGUUACUUAUAGUAUAUUUGACGAUCUUUGUAAAUGACAGUCCGAGUUUCAAUAGUGUGAGGAAGCAUUCAUUUCUAUCCGGAAAACUCAUGGUAAGAGUUAGCGUCAUUUUGUUUCUUCUGGAGAGGAACAAGGAUAUGCCAUAACCAUAGAUCUUGACAAAUUAUUUAAUUUUCAGCCGUUUAUUUUUGGCAUCAUAUCGCUGUAUGCUUUAUAAUUCUCAAAAGGUUGAAAAAUGACGUUACUGUGUAAGUGAUGGAAAUACUCCACAUUCAGUAGUUCCGCGAAAGUCUAAUUAUAGUUGCGUCUUUUGUCUCGGAUAAAAGUCCGAGUUGAAUUUGGGGACAGUUCUUUCAAGGAUGGAGUGAUUCUCCCCAAGAUGUGCUACAUUCUGCAGGAGUCGUCGAGGAUGUUGCGGCUGGUGCAAAGACUGUGAGAGGAAAAAAGGGAGGGAAGGGGUCCCUGGGGAGAGGACCAUUUCGUAGCCCCCUUUUUCGGGGGCCAAACCUUUUGCUGUUGUAGUUAGAUCUUCAGAACCACCGGCAAGAUGAUGGGAAUGUACGGACAGAAGUUCCGCAUGCGGCGGUAUGCGAACAUGUCCGGUAGGGACUCCCCGCCUACGAUAGGCCAUGACAGGGUGAACUACAUCAACCCCACCAUCAAUUACGACAAAUGGCCUCGUAAGAUCCGUCCUCAGCGACGCUGGACUAACAGUGCCGAGGUGACGCUGGAGUCCCCUUCGGACGCGCCCCGCAGGUGCUCUUGCAUGGAAAACCUCAACCUGAAUUCCGAGCAGCUCACCGCCCUCAGGAGGCACUCGCAUGACCACAGCAGUGCGGAAGAGGAUGGCUGGCUGCUGCAGCAGCAGCAGACGGACGAAAUCCUCCAUGCGAGCGCCGACGUCCUUACCAAGAUGUUCACGUGUCUUAACACAAAUGCCGACCCCCCUCCUACGAAUCAUCCUCCCACUGACCCCAGGUACAGGCCGAGCGAACGACAGGAAAGGCAGUGCGCCAUCAAACAUGGCGGGCGGUACUCGUACUCAGCGCUUGAGGACGAAGGUGCCGGGGAGAGACUCGAGAUGGAGCGGAAAGCUGCCCGAGGGGCGAGUCGGGACACAUCAGCACUGGCUGCUCGUUCCUACCUCAGAGGCCAUCAGCGGUACACACUUCUCGAACACUUACACGAUAUCGGGUCGCGAAUCGACAAGAACUGGUUUAUGAUCCGAGACUCCUCUGUAAAAACUGAGAGGUUAAUGACCUUGCAGCCUUACGAUGAGCAGUGCCCGAUCCCGGUCAACUCCGCUACAAGAGAAGCCCUUGUCGAGCUCUUCCAGGCAUUACAUCAUCCGUACAUUUACCCAGUGUUAGACGUCGAUUUUGCCAACAUUUCCUCACAUACGUACGUCAUCACCGUCAUUCCCCAUAACAACAAAGGCUCCUUGAAGGAUCUCAUCUACAGGAGCCAUUGGCAAGAUGAUUGGGGCGAAAAAUAUCAACAAAGAUCGGCGGGUCUUCCUGUAUCGCAAGUCCAGCGGCUGGGUAGGCAAGUCCUCGAGGCCCUGCUCUUCCUUCAAGACAGAGGAUUCCCACCCUAUGGUCACCUCCAUUCGGGAAAUGUCGUCCUCCAGAACGGCGUAGCCAGAUUAUCGGGUGUUGAAAACACCCUCCUCGGGCUUACUUCGAGGAUCUAUCCCAUUAUAAAGAGGCGCUUAAGAGACAACAGAGAUGCCAUCGACUCGGUUUGCUUUGGUCACGUGCUUUUUGAGAUGUGCGCAGGCUAUGAGCUUUCCGCUGCGCACCCAACUGCAAAACACUAUGAGGAUAUUGCAACUUAUCCCCAGGUGAUUCAGGUUCUGGAAUACAUAUUUGGUAAUGGAGACCAGUACCCAAGCGUGGAAGAAAUACUUUGUGUAGAUUUCUUCAGAAACCUCGACUUGAGGGAAAUGAGAGCGGCUCCUUUACCACUUGCUGUGGCCUUAAUGUUCCAGAUACGGUACUCGCCUACCAUAAGGAAUAUUUUGAAAGAGGUUCGAAGAUUUCAAAAGCAAAAGAGUCAGCAGCGACGUACACAGUCUCUUAGCCGUGGGGACACUGUAGAUGACGGGUACUACAGAAGAGAUUGCAGGCGUGGGCGGCGAGGGGGAGGCACAGCCUCGAGCGGUGAAGGAGGUGGAGAUACCCCUACUAGCAGUGAGGCAUCUGCAGGAGCAUCAGGUGGAGGAGAUGAAGGCAUGAUAUCUACCUCUGCAUACAAUACUCCCACUGCCUCAUUAGCAACACUUUCUUCACCUACCUCAGAUGUUACACCUUCCCCUGAACACCCUACGCACCGCCUGCUGGAGGUACCUUCACCCCAGCGGCAGCACAACCCCAGCAGUUGUCAAGAAGUGUUCCAUACGCCACCCCACACGCCGCCUACCCCACAAAACCACCCAAUAAGAAACAACCAUUUCAGCCAGGCUCACAACGAUCGCCCACUCACAACGACGCGUUAUCCGCCCACUAGAGAAUCCCGUUCUCCCUUAUGGUCCAAUACAAACUACUCUACCCAGAAUGGGCAUUUGGGCAAACGGGGUCAACCAUGGACGUGACCCCGUGGUAGUUAUGACUUGUUUUCCUGUGAUUUAAGGUGGCUCAUUAUCCGUAGUUACACAAAGGCUCCAAUAACAUCUAGUCUGAUAGUCAAAUGUAUGUCUGUGAAAUUUGUUAUCGUGUCUUUUAAAAAGGCAAAGAAACAAUCAUGAAUAAAGUGUCAAUCUUUUCAGGGCAUCCGCUAAACCUAUUUGGACUAGCUGCUCAAGGAUCGCAUAGAAGUUAAAAAACAUUGCUUGUUUGUAAACUUAGUAUUCCUCAGAACUAUGGAAUAAACACUCAAAGGUGGCAGAAACUCUGAGAGCAACUACUCUGCAGAACUUGAGUGAUGAACUAAUAUUCUUAAAGAAAGCAUGAAAAUAAGUGUAAUUAACCUACAAGCAAGUGUAAAAUACAGUGCUUAGCUAUUUAAAAAUUUACAGUUCUUGAAAAUUGAAUGCAACACUGAUGUUACAUUGUGAUAUUGCAUUUGAUAAACUUAAGAGGACUGUAAAGUGAGAAUAACGUGCCAGGAUUAUAUCAAAUCCCUUCUGUAUGACGUUCUUGGUGACGAGUUGAUUCCUAUUCCUUCUGUUUCUUAAAAUGUUUGUUGUAAAUUUUAGGUCCCAUUGCAAUAAUGAAUUAUGUUUCUAUAUUCCGGUUUACUAAUAUGGUGAGCCAAACAAUUUAUACUGCAUUCUUAGGAAGAAUUUAUCUUUUAAUUGUAUAUUAGAAAGCAAAAUAUGCAUAUAGCAUUGUUAGUACAAUUAGUGCCACAAGAUCUGACAUCUGUGUAAUGUGAUUAAAUAAAUACCAGUAAGUGGACUGUUGUUUGUCUUAUGUUAUGGUUCGUAUGCUAGGGAAUAAACAUCUUAGCAUCCUGACUUCCACUGUAAUCAAGAGAAAAUUGUUAAAAGUGAACUUAGCCUUGUAUUCAAACUAACAUGUGAACUGCAUUUUAAUGAACAUUCUUCUGAUCGCAAAUAUAUUUCAUGUUAUAUUCUUUGAUUAAAAGUGGACUCAGCCCUGUAUUGCAACACCUGCAAGUCAAUUGCUUUUUAAAUAUCACUUCAGAUUAGAAAAUGUCUUAUUUGAUCAUUUUAGUGGAAAACCAUAAAUACAGAUUGGCAUACAGUGCUUCAUAAGAAUUUGUCAUGGGAAUAAUUGUACAGGGUUAAAUUAUUCACAACUAAACCACUGAAAUAUGUCUCAUUCUGUAUAUAGAAAACAAAUUAAAAGUUUCCCAAGUCCCACAAAUAGGUUUUGAAAAAAUUCAACAUAUAGUAUUGGUACCUACAGUACAAAAUUUAGUAAAUAGUACUGUACAAAAUAUGGCUCAAAUGUGUAACAAAACAAUAGAGUUGUCUCAUGGAAAAUUAUUGUAUGUACACACAUUUCACAUUUGACACAUUAUGUACUGUAAUUUAUAUAAUCUUUUACAAUUUUUUUUCUUUUUUUGUAUGUUGCACGACUCUCAAUCACUUCAGCAAACUGAAGUAUAUCAUGGCAAUAUUCCUAUUAUCUCUCAAGUAUGGUAAAAUUAAGUUACCAAUUUUUUGUGUAAUAAUGUUUUGGAAACUUUGCCAGCUCAGAAUGCAGAUCUUUACUAUCACAGUAACA